UCGCGAGGAGAGAGAGAGAAAAAUAGAGAGAGAGAGAGAGAGAGAGUGUAAUGUAAAUUUCUUUGGUUUUUUAGCACAGCACCGAUAAACAGAUUAUAUAUAUAUACCUACUAAUUUUUUUCAAAUAUAACGGUCUUCUUCCCGCCAUGGCCAUGGUGGCUGAGGUGGAGAGAGAAGGCUCGCUCAAUGACCUCGAGCUAGACCACAUAGAGAAGACGAAGACCUUGAUUUGUGCCCUUAACCUUCUCUCUCGUAACCUCCCUCUUCCUCCAGACGUUUUUGAUGCCGUUUCUUCCAUCUAUCUCAGCGAUAAUGACGAUGAGAGCGACGCCGUUGAAGGCGGGGACGGUGCCGGUGGAUCUGACGGCGACGCAAUUGAGAAGGAAGGUUCUGGGAUUUCACAUGAAGGAGAUUUGAUGACUGAGCUUGAGGAUGCAUUGGUGAAGCAACGACCAAAUUGCAUAUCAGGUUCCGGAUUGACAGAAUCAAGGGAACAUCGUGUCCAGAGUCACAUCCAGCGGCGUUUAACUGAACUUGAAGAAUUGUCAACAAGCAGAGGUGAGGACUUGCAGUCGAAGUGCUUGCUUGAACUAUAUGGACUAAAGCUAGCAGCAUUGCAGAGCAAAGUUCGGUCUGAUGUGAGUUCAGAAUACUGGCUUCGUAUAAAUUGUGUGUACCCAGACAAGCAAUUGUUUGACUGGGGCAUGAUGCGACUCUGUCGUCCUCUAUAUGGUGUGGGAGAUGCUUUUGCCACGGAAGCUGAAGAUCCUCUGAAGAAGAAACGGAAUGCAGAGCGUCUGUCAAGGUUAGAGGAAGAGGAAAAGAAUCGUGUCGAAAGCAGAAAAAGGAAAUUUUUUGCAGACGUACUCAAUGCCGCACGUGAACUGCAAUUGCAAGUACAGGCUGCUCAGAAACGACGCAAACAAAGGAAUGAUGGUGUUCAGGCAUGGCACGGAAGGCAACGGCAACGUGCUACACGGGCUGAAAAAUUGAGGUUCCAAGCUCUGAAAGCUGAUGAUCAAGAAGCUUACAUGAAAAUGGUUGAGGAGAGCAAAAAUGAACGAUUAACAAUGCUUCUUGGAAAAACCAAUGAUCUACUUGUUCGUUUAGGAGCUGCUGUUCAACGUCAAAAAGAUGCUGAACAUGAUGGCAUUGAACCCUUGAAAGGCUCAGACGCUGACUUGCCUGACUUGACUGCUUCGAAGAAUGGAAUCCCUGAGGAUUCACUUCCUGAGGAAGAUGAGGACAUCAUUAAUGAUGAGCCUGAUCGGCGUGUUAAGACAGGUGAUCUACUUGAAGGCCAACGGCAGUACAAUUCAGUUGUUCAUUCAAUCCAGGAGAAGGUAAGCGAGCAGCCAUCCAUGCUACAGGGUGGAGAACUAAGAUCGUACCAAUUAGAGGGGCUUCAAUGGAUGUUGUCAUUGUUCAAUAACAAUCUGAAUGGAAUUUUAGCUGAUGAAAUGGGGUUGGGAAAGACAAUUCAAACCAUUUCCUUGAUAGCAUAUCUCAUGGAAACCAAGGGUGUGACCGGGCCCCAUUUGAUUGUGGCCCCAAAAGCUGUACUUCCAAAUUGGAUUCAUGAAUUUUCAACCUGGGCUCCUAGCAUUGUUGCUGUUCUUUAUGAUGGACGCUUAGAUGAGAGAAAGGCGAUGAGGGAAGAAUAUUCAGGGGAGGGAACGUUCAAUGUGUUGAUCACCCACUAUGAUCUUAUUAUGAGAGACAAAGCAUUUCUGAAGAAAAUUCACUGGCACUACAUGAUUGUUGAUGAAGGACAUCGGUUGAAAAAUCACGAAUGUGCUCUUGCGCGGACUCUUGUCUCAGGCUAUCGGAUUCGACGGAGACUUCUGUUGACUGGUACCCCGAUACAGAACAGUUUACAGGAAUUAUGGUCCCUGCUUAAUUUUCUCCUUCCAAACAUUUUUAAUUCGGUUGAGAAUUUCGAGGAGUGGUUCAAUGCCCCCUUUGCAGAUAAGUGUGAUGCCUCUUUGACUGAUGAAGAAGAGUUAUUGAUCAUUCGCCGUUUGCACCAUGUUAUAAGGCCAUUCAUACUGAGGAGGAAAAAAGAUGAGGUGGAGAAGUUUCUUCCUGGGAAAACACAGGUCAUAUUGAAAUGCGACAUGUCAGCAUGGCAGAAAGUAUACUAUCAGCAAGUUACGGAUGUGGGGAGGGUUGGGCUGGAUAAUGGGACGGGGAAGUCUAAGAGUCUUCAGAAUCUGUCGAUGCAGCUCAGAAAGUGUUGUAACCACCCAUACCUUUUCGUGGGCGAAUAUAACAUAUGGCGCAAAGAGGAGAUCGUCAGAGCUUCAGGAAAGUUUGAGUUACUUGAUCGUUUACUCCCCAAACUUCAUAAAUCAGGGCACAGAGUCCUCCUUUUCUCACAGAUGACCCGUCUCAUGGACGUUUUAGAAAUCUAUUUGCAACUUCAUGAUUUUAAGUAUCUUAGACUUGAUGGCUCCACAAAAACUGAGGAAAGAGGGUCUUUACUGAGAAAAUUCAAUGCUCCAGACUCCCCUUAUUUCAUGUUUCUACUGAGUACUCGUGCUGGAGGUCUUGGUCUAAACUUACAGACAGCAGAUACUGUGAUAAUUUUUGAUAGUGACUGGAACCCCCAAAUGGACCAACAGGCAGAGGAUCGGGCACAUCGUAUUGGUCAAAAGAAGGAAGUAAGGGUUUUUGUGCUCGUUAGUGUUGGAUCAAUUGAAGAGGUUAUCUUGGACCGUGCAAAACAGAAGAUGGGAAUUGAUGCCAAGGUCAUCCAGGCAGGGCUAUUCAAUACAACUUCCACAGCUCAAGACAGGAGAGAGAUGUUGGAAGAGAUCAUGCAUAAAGGGACAAGCUCUCUUGGAACAGAUGUGCCUAGUGAGAAAGAGAUCAAUCGUUUGGCAGCCCGAUCAGAUGAAGAGUUCUGGCUGUUUGAGAAAAUGGACGAGGAGAGAAGGCAGAAGGAGAAUUACAGAUCUCGUCUGAUGCUAGAACAUGAGGUACCAGACUGGGCCUAUGCCGCACCUGAUACUAGGGAUGGCAAGGGGAAAGGAUUUGAAUAUGAUAGUGCCAAUGUCAGUGGAAAGCGAAAUAGAAAGGAGGUUGUCUAUAUGGAUACACUUAGUGAUUUACAGUGGAUGAAGGCAGUGGAAUAUGGAGAAGACUUAUCUAAGCACUCAAUGAAAGGAAAGAGGAUGAUGAUGCAUCUCCCUGUCAUGAGCAAUGAAUUGACUGGAAAUAAUGUUGCAGGAGAGAGGAAAGCAAUAGAAUUGAAGAGUGAAACCGCAUCUGUAGCGAGUGAGGCAACAAGUGAAGAUACCUUUCCCACCUCGAAAAGGUCCAACUCCGAGGCUGUGAAUUCCCAGAAAAGUGAAUAUGAAGGGUUCAAAGAUAGCACAUGGAAGGGGCUAACAUGGAAGACACACAAGAGAAAGAGAUCCAGUUUAGUGUUGUGAGUUAAUCUAAUGCAAGAGAUUGGAAUUAUAACAGCGGAGGAGAUGGAUGAAUCUGAUUGUUAUGGCCUCCUUGAACACUGCAAGUCUGCAAUGGAAGGAUUCGAUAGUCUGAUCUUCAUAUGGCUUUCGCGUUGGUACUUCAGCUGCUCUACAUCUGUGAAAGGGGUUGAGGUGUAGUUGUGGCUAUCUGUCCAUUUACUGGCUCCCUGGUGCAGCAAGUAUGAAUGAAAAUGGCCCUUUUAGCUUUUCCAGUCAUGUCUUAUGCUCUCUCUCCUCCAUUUUCAUUCAAUAUGGAUCAAGUUGUCGCAUAUCAGAUGUCCUGUACAAUAAACCAAUUUGUGUAGUGACUUGUUUUUUCUGAAGUAUGGUCCGGGAAGGAAUAGUCUGCACAACAUUGUGAAGUGACAUUGGUAAUGUAAACCCCCUCCCCCCUUUCUCUCUCCCUCCUUCAGCUGUACAGGGAGAUAGAUAUUUAACAUAUUAUACAUUGCCUGCCAUUCCUCUCGGAUUUUGUCAAUCAAUAGUUGCCCGUCA